CAGUCCUGCAUGUGCCGGCUGGGGGCGGGGACUUGAGGCCCGCGCUAGGAGAUCCCCGCCCGCUGGUUUCCUCCGGGGUCAGCCCGGCUCCUUAUCAGGCGCGGCCAGGCAGCCAGGCCCUUAUCUGCACUGGCCCAGCAUCCUCCGGCCGCUGCGCCAGGGGUGAGAGGGAGGAAACCCGGCCGCCAGGGGCGGGGAGAGGGCAGGCGGCCCGGAGCUGCUCACUUUCCCUGGAGGGACCUACCCUGUUGCCACCGCCGCCGCGGUGGCCCUUGGGAGCCAAGGAAGUGGGGCGGCCUGAUGCUGCGGCCCAGACAGGGCCUCCGGCCGCCAGCAGCACGGAGCGCAGAGGCCCGAGCGGGUGGCAGUGCCUUGCCUGAAGUCGGAACCACAUCCUGGACCUGAAGGACAGAGUCACGGCCAUCAGCAGGCAUCCGGAGCAGUGCUGGGGUGAGCACCCCCUCGGGGUCCAUGUGCCCGCCCGAGGCCCAGGCAGAGGUGGGCCCCACCAUGACCGAGAAGGCCAAGAUGGUGUGUGCCCCCAGCCCAGUGCCUGCCCCGCCCCCAAAGCCUGCCUCGCCUGGGCCCCCAAAGGCGGAGGAGGUGGGCCACAGAGGCUCCUCGCCACCCAGGCUGCCCCCUGGCGUGCCAGUGAUCAGCCUGGGCCACACCAGGCCCCCAGGGGCAGCCAUGGCCACCACGGAACUAAGCACCCUCCGUCCCCCGCUGCUGCAACUCUCCACCCUGGGAACCGCCCCAGCGCCCCUGGCCCUGCAUUACCACCCUCACCCCUUCCUCAACAGCCUCUACAUUGGGCCGGCAGGACCUUUCAGCAUCUUCCCUAGCAGCCGGCUGAAGCGGAGACCAAGCCAUUGUGAGCUGGAGCUGGCUGAGGGGCACCAGCCCCAGAAGGUGGCCCGGCGCGUGUUCACCAACAGUCGGGAGCGCUGGCGGCAGCAGAACGUGAACGGCGCCUUCGCCGAGCUCAGGAAACUGCUGCCAACGCACCCGCCCGACCGGAAGCUGAGCAAGAACGAGGUGCUCCGCCUGGCCAUGAAAUACAUUGGCUUCCUGGUGCGGCUGCUGCGCGACCAGGCAGCGGCUCUGGCCGCAGGCUCCGCCCCUCCAGGGCCCCGCAAACGGCCGGCGCACCGAGCCCUGGACGACGGCGCCCGCCGCGGGCCUUGUCGCAAGGCCGAGGUGGUGGCGCGCCCGCAGCCCGCGCCCCCAGGCGGCCCCGAUGGCAGCCCCGGUGGGGCGGGCCGACCCAUCAAGACAGAAAAAGCGGCUGUGAGUCCGGAGGUGCGAUGACCUCCACGGUGUCGCCUCUGAGCCGAAGGGCACUGGGAACUCAGCCCAGGGCCGUCCAGGAAGGGGCGGACGACGCUCAGCGCCUGCUCUGGAGAUAACUCCCCCGAAGAAGGACCAGUGAAGAGUCCCCUACAGGGGAAAGGGCCCGGGGGUCUGGAAGGGCGACCGUCGCCCCCAGGGGCCCUGCAGACCCUUUUAUCGCCUACCGCCCGCUGGAAGUGGCCUUGUCCGCGUACCCCUCCCGGGGGAGAGGCCCGGGAACCAACACGUCAUCGGAGCGGUCAUCGGACCCAAGUGGUGCCGCAUUUUUACGUGCUGGGGUCACCGAGGGAGGUGGGGAGGGACCGGAGAGCCUACUCCUUUCUCACCGGCGCCCCCUCCCGGAGACCAAGAGAUACGCGCUCCUCGACGGUGGCGGCCGCCGGCCUGGCGGGAGGAGAGAGGCGCAGAAUCCAUGCGGCGGCCCCACCCCACCGAUCCCGAAACUGUCCCGCACGAUCGCGUUAGCGAAGGCUCAGGCGCUCUUGCUUUUGUUUUUCUUUAUUUCUUUAUUUCACAUACACAUUAGCCAUUCAAUGGAGAAGCCGGAGAGAGUCAGGCAAAGAUGGUAUAACAGAAGCGCAGUGACGGGGGCGGGUUGGGGCGGGGCGGGGCGGAGAGGGAACGUACGGGCUGGCUGCCUACUUGCAUUCCGCUAGGACACUGAAAACCCAGAAAACAAAACAGACAGUAAACUACCCUUGUUUCUUAUGUAUCUCAGUGCAGAGACGGGGGUGGAGGGCAGAGAGGGGGAGACCAGGCUGAAGGAAGAGGAGCGGAGGGACGGGGACGCUAAGGGGGAAGCACACCAAAUCCAUUAGUACUAUAUAUAGAGAUACUCGUAUAUACUGCGUUUCUUAGCCUAAGAAGAAACUUGUUUGACGGGACGGGCGGCCUUUGCGGUCCGCGAUGCUGGUGCUGGUCGGGCGCACGGAUCUCCCGGGGCCGAAGCGGGGCUGGCCCAGGCUGGCUUGCGGGGGGAGGGGGGCGCCCCAAGGG